CAAUAACAAAAUACACAUUGAAGAGGUGGUUUGCGGUACUUUUGCGUAUAUCUUCGAACAAAUUUGAGCGCUUGCAGCAUUUUAGCUACAAAGCGAAAAUUGUUUAUUCAAAUUUAUCAGUUCACUUCAAGAACACAGUCACAAUAAUUAUAUUCGAUGCACUGACAGCUCGAUAGAUGUCAAUCAUUGACCGUGAUCAUAUACAUAAUUUAAAUUGAAAAUUAAGAAAAAAACAAAAAAUUUUUUUGUUAUUAUUGUCCAUAAUUUUGUUGACGAUCAAAUGGAUAAUAGUGAACCAAUUGUAAUCGAUUCGGAUUCGGAAUCAGAAAAAUGGACAAAAUCGGAUAAAAAUCACAACAUUGACAAAAAUAUACCGUGUAUGGAAGUGUCAUCGUGUGUCCAAGCACAUUCCACUAUUGAAAAAUGCUCAGCUGACAACAAUGUACAGCAGAAUUCAAUUAUCACACAAAAAUCAGGAACAAUUCAGAUUGAUGAUUCAGAUGAUGAUGAACAGUAUGAUGAACGGGAGAAAGAAGAGAAGACGGGAAGUUCAAAUGAUUCCAGUGCCACAGUAAAUGUGGAAGAACCAACGGAACCUGUGGACCUCAUCAAUCCAAAACCCGAGCCCAUUUCAGCUCGCACCAGAUCGACUCGUCGGCCAAACAAUGUUUCUUACUGUGAAGAUGGACCGAGUACGUCACACGGCAUUUCGAACACGGAUCAAUCGUCAUCGUAUCGCAGUGAAUUCCCAAAAUCAACGACCAAACCAAAGUUUAAGGUGGAACCAUCGCGAAUUCCGAAAAACGACGACAAAAAAGUGUUUUGCAGCAACUAUUUGUAUAAAUCGUUCUGUUUUUUGUGCGGAUCUAGCGAUAAACAUUUGGCAGUUCAUUAUGCCCGAAAACAUCCAGACACUGAAGUGUUCAUUUCACGCCUUUCGCCUGCAAUGGCCGCCCGAAUUCGUAAGCAAGACGAAGAAUUCGUACAAAUCGAUGACCAAAUUCACGGUUUAUGUUUCUUCUGUGAAGAAUUGAUGACAAUGCAAAAAGAUUCAUGGAUGAAGCAUUUACUUAUUCACACCGGAGAACAAAACCCAUUCUAUUGUUCUGGUUGCAAAAAAUUGCAAAAAACCAAAGCCAAACACGACAAUUGUUCAAAAGAGAAAGUUACAAGCAUUUUCGACAUCAAUUCAUCUGCUGGUGAUCUGUGUGGUUUCAUAUGCAAUACGUGCAAUUAUCUACAAAUUCAAAGCGGCAAUUUGGACAACCAUAUUUUCAACGAGCACGAAUCAUACGAUGAAAAUAUUACCGAAGAAUUAUACUCGAAAGUUGUUUUGGUAAAGGUGCCAGCCCUUUAAUUAGAGUUUAACAAUGUCUCCGAAUUCUUCUUGUGAUUUAAUAGACUAGAUAGCUUCUAAUUGCAAUAUAAGAUUUAAAUGUCGAAAAUAAACGAUAAGAUAAUGUUAUAAAUUAAAUAAAACAUUUAAUUUUUCCUAA